UUUUUUUUGUUGUGUUGGCCUACAAGGGGUGACUUGCAAAAUCAAGUAAAAUGUCAGAAAUAAGCCCAGUUAAAAACUUUAUAGCUGGUGGAUUCGGUGGAGUAUGUUUGGUGUUUGCUGGCCACCCAUUAGAUACCAUCAAGGUACGACUACAAACACAGCCGGCACCAGGGUCUGGCCAGCCCUUGCUCUACACUGGAACGUUUGAUUGUGCUAAAAAGAUUAUAACAAAAGAGGGUUUCCGAGGUUUAUACAAGGGCAUGUUUGCACCAAUCUUGGGAGUAACACCAAUGUAUGCUGUGUGCUUCCUUGGUUUUGGAAUUGGAAAGAAACUUCAGACCCCAAGUGAACCAAAUAACCAGUAUUCACCAACACAGUUGUUCAAAGCAGGUAUGUUGGCAGGUGUAUUCACAACAGCUAUUAUGGCACCCGGUGAAAGAAUCAAGUGUUUAUUACAAAUCCAAGCAGCAUCUGAAGGUAAGCCAAAAUAUGCUGGGCCUAUGGACUGUGCAAGACAGAUUUACCGAGAGGCAGGUCUGUUUAGGGGCAUCUACAAAGGCACCGUAGCAACCCUACUAAGAGAUAUUCCGGCUAGUGGCGUAUACUUCAUGUCAUAUGAAUUAAUUAAGAGGACAAUAACACCAGCCGGAUCUGAUCCUACUAGCCUGAGUGUUGGACGAGUACUAUUUGCAGGAGGCUUAGCUGGAGUAUUUAACUGGGCUGUUGCAAUCCCACCUGAUACCCUUAAAUCUAGGUUACAAACAGCUCCAGCUGGCCAGUAUCCGAAUGGCUUACGAGAUGUAUUCCGGGAAUUAAUUGCUAAGGAAGGAGUGAUGUCAUUGUACAAAGGAUUUACUCCCGUCAUGUUGAGGGCAUUUCCUGCCAAUGCCGCUUGCUUCUGUGGUUUCGAGUGUGCCAUGAAGUUCCUCAAUUGGGCUGCCCCUUCAUUAUAACCCCACUCAUCGAUGAACAAUGAUUUCUUAGAAAAUAAUAUAGUUAUUUAUCUAUGGUUCAACUCGGACAUUACUAUAAUUAUUUAAAAUAAUAAUAAAGAAUGAUUUCUGCAGAACUAUUAUAAUACAUUUUCACAUAGGCUGUAUUAUACAGUGCCCCCCUCCAAUUCGAGACCCCCUUAUUCAAAAGAACCACAUAACAAUCUUCAUUCUUUUAAUACGAAGCUGACCCACUGGCGACUGAACCCGACCCAUUGGCGACCGAAACCAGAGACCAUUCCAAAUUUUCAAGUCCCAAAAGUGGUCUCAAAUUGGAGGGCAAUCUAUAUGUGAAGAAUGUAUGUAUUUGUUACUUAUGUUGUCAGUUAGAAAAAUGUUACUUGUAAGUUCUGUUAAUUAAAUCAUGGCAAUUGUUUCAUGAUUUUAUAUAUUAAAAAAUAAUGUAAUUAUUUCGUACCUGGCAAUGCACGUUUGUAACAUAAAAGGAACCAAUUUAAAAUUCAUAAUUAAUAUUUCAUGGCACAAUGCUAAUCUGAACUCGACACUUGUUUUGUAAUACAAUGCAAUUAGAUAAGUAAUUUAAUCCAUUUUGGUGUUGUUAUGAUGUUAUGAAAUUGAUAAUAAACAGGUUGACUAAUGAA